AUGUUUAGGAAAGCUGGACUCCUUCGCGUCGGCCUGUGUUUCCCGCUGAGCGCACCAGUGCACUAUUUGGUUGCCCUCUUGGGUUUGACCAAGCGUGGAUCGCGCUGCGUUGCCAUGCCGCUGAAUAUCCACGCGCAGUUUCUGUCAGACGAAGAGCUUAGCGACGCUUUCGAGCUUGUAGAAGUGGCAAUCUUUCCAGAAAUGGCUUCAACGACUCUAAUCGACGUGCAGAGCCGCGAUGCCGUGCACCCCUCAAGCCUGAAGCGUGCAAGUUGCAGGUUGGUGCUUUGCAGUUGUCACCGGACAUGUGAAGGCGUUUGA